AUGGGCAUCCGCGCGGCCCUGCUAUUGGUCGUCCCGGCCUGCGCCCUGGACUUCCCGUCGCACUUCCUGCGCGACGCCGACGUGGCCGUCGAGCAGCUCGUCGACUACGACGCCAACGCCGAGUUCCUGGAGAUCUCGAGCGCCACGGGGCUGCCCCUCCAUCGCUACGACGCGUCCUUCGGCGCCCACCCCUACGACGCCGUCGUGGCGCUGCCGGGCGACCCCGCCGCCUACCGGCAGCGGGGCUUCCACUUCGGCGGCGCCGACCUGCCCGCCGCCGGGCCGAUCGGCUACGCGGUCGACGGCGUGCCCAUCUUCCCCUACUACGACGGCGACGGCGCGAACGCGGUCGAGCCGCCGCCGGGCGGCGCCCCGGCGGACCGCGACGGCUGCUGGGGGUUCCGGGACCCGUCGAGCGGCGCCUACGUCUACCGCAUCGCGCCGCCGUGCCUCUACGGCGACGACCGCGGGACCUACGGGUCGCCGGCGGCGGCCGCGCACCUCGGCUUCGGCGCCGCGGUCGCGCCCGGCGGGACCGCGGCGGCGCGGGCGCGGGGGCGGCCCGGGUCCGUGCCCCUCGUCGGCGUCAUGGUCGACGGCUUCCCCCUCUGGGGGCCCCUCGACAAAGACGGGAAGGAGCACGGCGGCCUCGACGAGUGCGGCGGCAAGUACCAGGGCAGCACAAGAGUGCGAAAUUCCCAACUUCAAAGGCUCCGAUCUCGGCCAUUUUCCACUCGCAAGUACGACGGCCGCGGCCGCUACGCGUACUACGCGACGGCGGCGCCGCCCUACACCAUCGCCUGCUUCGGGCCGGGCGUCGCCGCGGCGGCGGGCCUCCCGCCGACGCCGCCGGCGUCGCCGGGCGCCGGCGCCGUCGACGCGGGCCCGGACUGCCCCGCGGGGCGCCACGUCGCCGCGGGCGCGUGCGCGGCCUGCCCCGCGGGGCGCUACGCGCUCGAGGCGCCGGCGGGCCGGGCGGCCUACGCCGCCGGGUCGCCCGCGCGCCACUGCGGCGGGUCCUGCGGCCUCGGGGCCUACUGCCCCGCGGGCACGCCGCGGCCGGACGCCGCUGUCCCUUGCCCCGCGGGGCGGUUCGGCGACGCGCGGGGCCUCGCGACCGCGGCCUGCGCGGGGCCCUGCCCCCGGGGCCACUUCUGCCCGCCGGGGACCGUCGCGCCGCGCGCGCACGCCUGCGGCUCCGAGGCCGUCUUCUGCCCCGCGGGCGCGGGAAAGCCGCGCGCGGCGGCGCCGGGGUCCUACACGCUGCCCGCGGUCGCCGCGGCGCCCUGGGCGCCGCCGGACGACGUCUUCGCCUGGCCCGAGGCCGAAGUCGGCGGCGCCUACGCCGUCGGCCCGCGGCCCGCCGCGCGGUGCGGCCUCGGCGACGAACGCAACUGCACCGCGGCGGCGCUCGCGGCGCGGCCGCCGCGGCCGACGCAGGACGCCGAGGCGCCCUGCGAGCCCGGGACCUUCUGCGUCGCCGGCGCGCGCUUCCGGUGCCCCGCGGGCCGCUUCGGCGCGGUUCCGGGCCUCGCCGCGGCGAACUGCAGCGGCGCGUGCCCGCCGGGGUCGUACUGCCGCGAGGGCGCGCCGGCGCCGAUCCUCCUGCCCGCGGGCCGCUACAGCGCCGCCGCGGGCCUCGCGGCGCCGGGCGAGGCCGCCGAGUGCCCGCCGGGGAGCUACUGCGUCGCCGGGUCCACGGCGCCGGCGGACUGCCCCGCGGGCCGCUUCGGCCGCGAGCCGGGCCUCGCGACGGCGCUCUGCGUCGCCGACGUCGCCGGCGACGCGAGCCUCUGCCCCGCGGGCUUCGCGUGCCCGGCCGGGAGCCGCGAGCCGCGCGAGAUCCCCUGCGGGUCGGCGACGGCCGCGAAGCUCCUCGCGGUCCUCGCGGACCCGGCCGCGCAGUACCCGGCGCACGUCCGCUCCGACGCCUUCGGCGAGUCGGCCUACGCCGGGGGCGGCCUCGGCGCGGCCGCGUUCUGCCCCGCGGGCUCCGCGGCGCCGACGCGCGUGAGGGCGGGCCACUACACCGUCGGCGCGGCCACGCUCGAGCGCGGCAACGCGUCGGACGCGGACGCCGACGCGCGCGUCGCCGAGGUCGCCUGCGAGCCGGGCCACUACUGCGUCUUGGGCGUGAAGACCCCCUGCCCGCCGGGCAGCUACGGCGCGUCGUCGGGCCUCGCCGACGUCGCGUGCGACGGCCCCUGCGCGCCCGGCUACUACUGCGAGCGCGGGUCCGCGACGCCGACGCAAAACGCCUGCGGCUCGCCGGCGGUCUACUGCCCCGCGGGGAGCGCCGCGCCGCUCCCCGUCGGCGCGGGCAACUACAGCGCCGCGGCGACGGCCGGCUACGCGGCGGCCCGCGGCGACGCGCCCGGCGUCGCGCCGUCGGCGGCGGCGGCGGGCACGGACGCGGCGGACGCGCGCGGCGGCCAGCGGCCCUGCGAGCCCGGCUACUUUUGCGCCGGCGGCGUGCGGCGGCCGUGCCCCGCGGGGACCUACGGGUCCACCUUCGGCGAGACGUCGGCGACGUGCGCGGGCCUCUGCCCGCCGGGCAUGUUCUGCGUCGAGGCGUCGACGGAGGCGAAGCCCGUGGCCAACGGCACGUACUGCGCGCCCCCCGGCGGCUGCGUCUCGCGGCUCGGCGACGGGCCCUGCGCGCCGGGCUACUACUGCCCCGCGGGGUCCUGGCGCGCGACGCAGCGGCCCUGCUGCGACGCGCGCCGCGACGACGCGACGGGCCUCUGGGCCCGCCACGGCGACGUCGACGUCGUCGACGUCGUCCGCCUCGUCGCCAACGAGGCGACGCCGCGGCACCUGCACGGUGCGCCGGGCGAGGUCUACGACGUCGACGGCUGGCACCAGCACGACCGCCACGCGCCGCGCUGCGAGCGGCUCUACUGCCCCGCGGGGUCCGCGCGGCCUCUCAACGUGACGGCGGGCCGCUACGCCGUCGGCGGCAACCGGACGACGCGGUCCGCCGUCGCCGACUGCGCGGGCCUCUCGUCCCACGGCGCGACGCUGCGCCUGGGCCUCGACCGCGCGCCCUACUGCCCGACGACGCUCCGCGACGAACACGCGCGCGACCGCCGCGCGCCGGGCGUCGACGCGGGCAACGUCGGCGGCGCGGGCGCGCUCCAGGGGUCCGAGGCGACCCACGACGCCGACGGCACCGCGGACGAGGUCGGCGCCUGGGCCCCGCCCGAGUUCCUCGGGCCCGACCGGGACUACCAGUGGCCGCGCCGCCACACUAAAGCCAUGGCCGAGCCCACGUUCGCGCCCGUCGCGAAGGCGCUCCACGAGGCCUUCGAGACCUUCGGCCGGCGCGGCGGGCCCGCCGACGCGUCCUUCGAGGCCCUCGUGGCCCUCUGCGACGCCGUCAGCGACGGCGCCGAGCGCUGCGUGCCCUUCGGCGCCUUCGACGUCGCGCGGGACGCCUGCGCGCGGCGCGCGGCGCUCGUCGCGGCCUGCGGCCGCCACGCGGCGGAGCGGCCGCGCGCCGCGGGCCUGCUCCGGGGCCGCGCCGUCGAGGACGUCGGCGGCGUCGAGUGCGCGGCGGCCAUGCAGCUCCAGGCGCGCGUCGCCGCCUGCAAGCUCGACGACGAGGCGGCCCAGCUCGAGGCGAUCUCGCGGUGCGCCAAGGCGGCGCUCGAGGCGCUCGGCGACGCGUCCGCCGUGUACCGGAGCCUGGGCGACGACAACGACGCGACGCGGCGCCUCGCGGGGACCAUGGCGAAGAUCGGCGAGGUCUGCGCGACCUUCGGCGGCAACGUCGACGCCGCGCUGCCGGCGCUCAACGAGGCGCUGACCUGCUACCGCCGGCUGCCAAAGAGCGACGACGUCGACGCGCGCGUCGCGCGCGUCGAGCGCGCCAUGGCCCAGUGCCUCGAGCUCCGCGAGACCACGGUCGUGCCCGACGGCCGCAUCGCGCUGAACGCGACGGAGACGGCGCGGGCCCUCGAAGAGGCGCAGCCCCGGGGCGCGCUGCUCGACGCCUACGACUUCGCCGUCGUCGUCGAGGAGGGCGACCUCGCGCCGCGCGCCGACAGCCCGCGCGCGGCCGUCGUCGCGGCGCUGGACCUCGGCGAGCUCUUCAAGGCCAAGGCCAACGUCGACGCGAGCGCCGCGGACGCGGGGCCGCCGCGCUGGGCGCUCAAGGCCGAGCUCGACGCGCCGUGGCCGACGGCGGACGCGGCCGCGGACGGCGAGAUCCACGCCGUGCUCCUCUUCCGGCGGCGCGCGGACGCCGAGGCGCUCCCGGAGGCGCCCCGGCCCUGGAUGGUCUGCACGCACCGCGGCUUCCGCGUCGCCGUCGAGCAGCUCGAGGACCAGGCGCCCGACGCGAACGUCCGGUCGAUGCGGUCGAACGCGCACCACCCGGCCUUCUUCCGCGUCCACGACGCCGUCGACCGCGAGAGCGACGACUCGUCCGUGUCCGACGACGAGGCCGGCGUCACCUACGACCAGUACGUGCGGAAGACGCAGGGCAUCCACCGGACGAAGGACCGGCCCGAGGACCGCUACCUCACGCACGUGACGCUGACCUUCGACGACGACGUCGCGGCCUGCGCGCGGGCCGUCGCGGGCGACACCGUCGACGCCGCGCUCGCCGCGCUGCCGGACCUCGAGUGCGGCGUGCUCUGCGGCGGCGACGCGACGCCGCGCUGCGCGCACUGCGCGCGGCUCCCCGGCCCGACGGUCCGGGUCCACAAGUGCGCCCAGUGCAGGCGCGUCUACUACUGCUCCCGCGACUGCCAGAAGAGCCACUGGCCGAAGCACAAGGCCUUCUGCUCGACGUCGGGCCCCACGGAGCCCAAACCCAACUACAUCCCGCCCAAGUACCACGCGCACUCCUACGACGGCAAGGACCACCGCACGCCGGAGAAGAAGAUGCAGGACGCCGUCAUGGCCCAGAUGGGCAUGUACUAG